AUGAUAUCGCAGUUGGAGAAUAAUAGCUACGAAUGCGCAAUUUGCUAUCAGAAGAUUCGUGCCAACGACGCUGUUUGGAGUUGUCCGACAUGUUACCAUUUGUUCCAUAUUACUAGUGGAUGCUUGACAUCAUGGGCAAGAUCGAGCAAGGAACGCGAGGUUGAUGGCUGUUGGCGAUGUCCGACAUGUCAGUCGAAGAACGAAAUUGUGCCGAGAGAUUAUUAUUGUUUUUGCGGUAAAUUGAGGAAUCCCAAAUUUCGACUUGGCGAAAUUCCGCAUUCGUGCGGCGAUGUGUGCGGUCGACAACGAAAAUUGGGCUGCCCGCAUCGAUGUGCCGACAUUUGCCAUCCGGGGCCAUGCACUGACUGUCAGCAGUAUGUCAUGAAGGUGUGCAAUUGUGGAAAAACGCGAAAGCGUGUGCUAUGCGCUUCCGGCGACGAUAUUCAAUGUGAUUCGGUGUGCGGAAAAUUGUUGGCGUGCGGACAACAUAAUUGUUCGCAGAUAUGCCACGACGGCGAGUGCCAUCCGUGCGAAAUCACGAUUAGUCAAGAAUGCUUUUGCGGUGAUGCGCCAAGAGAUGUGCCAUGCGGAACCGAUGUUGGCGAAAAAUGUAGUUGCGGAAAAGAAUGCGCGCGUUUAUUCAAUUGCGGAAUCCACAAAUGCUUGAGAAAAUGCCAUCCGAAUGAAUGCGGCGAAUGCGCGACGUCGGUUUUGCGAAUAACACACUGCCCUUGUGGCAAGAGGAGCCUCAAAGAAUUGAAUACGACGCGAAUGAAAUGUACGGACCCGAUUCCGACUUGUGACGCCAUCUGCAAUAAGGUGCUUGAAUGCGGUUCGCAGGGCAAACCGCAUCGGUGCGCGGAGAAGUGCCAUCAGGGACCAUGUCCGCCGUGCACUAACAAUACCGUUGUAGUGUGUCGGUGUGGCGGCAGCAAAAUCCAAUUGCCAUGCGAGGAAUAUCUCAAUAUUAUGAGGACAUCCGGCGAGUUUCUCUGCACGAAACGAUGCAAGAAGCGAAAAUCUUGCGGUUUGCACAAAUGCCAGGAGGUGUGCUGUGUUCAAGACGAGCACUUUUGCCUACAGAUAUGUAACAAAAGGCUCUCGUGCGGAAUUCACAAUUGCGAGCACAUUUGUCAUGCCGGCAAUUGUCCGAGGUGUCUUCAAGCCAGCUUCGAGGAGCAAUAUUGUCAUUGCGGCAAAACGGUUCGAAUGCCGCCAAUCGCGUGCGGACAAAAACCGCCGGAGUGUGUUGAGAAGUGCGCUCGACCGCAUCCUUGCGAUCAUCCGGUGAAUCAUAACUGUCAUUCGGAAGUAAUCUGUCCACCUUGUACGGUUCUGACCAAAAAAUGGUGCUAUGGAAAACACGAGAUGCGCGCGAAUGUGCCUUGUCAUAUCCCAGCGGUCUCUUGUGGUGUUCGAUGCAAUAAGCGAUUGUCGUGUGGUGUGCAUUCGUGCACUCGAACCUGUCAUGGAGACGAUUGUGAAAAAGCCGGAGAAGUGUGCAAAAAACCGUGCGAAUCGAUACGCGAUGGUUGUGAGCACCCUUGUGCUCUCGUUUGUCAUGGUUCGACUCCUUGUGCGCCUUCGCCGUGUCUUCAAAAGGUUCGCAUCACGUGUGAAUGCGGACGAAUCAAAAAGAACUAUGCGUGCUAUGAAGUCGACAAACUUAUCAAUAUGAAAGAGACGCUGUCCGAAGACGCCACGGACGGCGUUGCUCAGCUCAGCGAGCCGAAGCGUAAACGAACGUCGAGUUUGAGCCAAUUGAAUUGUUUGGAAUGCGAUGAUGAAUGCAAGAAGCUUGAGAGAAACAAGAAGGUGGCCGAUGGGCUGGGGAUCGAGAUUGAUGAAUUUGGGGAAUCGACGACGUCGCCAUCAGUGAUGUAUCCGAGUUAUCUGAAAGAUGUCGUCAAAACGAACAUGGAGUUUGUGAGAAAAGUUGAAAGUGUGUUCCAGGAGAUUUUCUCCGAAUUGUCCGAUCCGACGAAAGAAUCUGACGUCGCCCGAUACCACACUCCUCCGUUGAAUGUCGAUAAACGACGAUUUAUUCAUGAAUAUGCGACAUAUUUUAAUAUUGACACUGAGAGUGUCGAUAGUCCUCCGAAAAGAAGUAUGGUCCUUUAUGGAUACAGGUCGAAGUCUCGUCCACCAUUUGUCCUUCUUAGUCAAUUGGUCAAUUAUAAAGGCGUUUUGGAUACGCCGGGACCAUCUUGCAUCCGAAAGGACCAAUGCGAUGAAAAUAAGAGAAUAAUUGAAAAAGAAGAAGGAAUGAGAUUGCUCCGAAGUGAGAAGAUUGUCUAUAAACGAGAACCGAAGCCGAUUAUGGUAAUUUCGAAGCCUGCUCCGAUUCAACACUCGAAUAAGUUCGCAGUUUUGAGAAGUGAUAAUGAUGAUGAUGAUGAUGAAGCUGAAGAGAAACGGGAGCCUGCGAAAGAUUGGUGGGAUGAGCAGACGACGCAAAAUCAGGAGGAAUCAGCUGAGGAAAGUGCGUUGAAUUCGGAGGAAUGGACAGAGGUGAAGCCGAAAUCGUGGGUGGUUGAGGUGUUGGUUGAGGAUACUGGGGAAUCGAAGGAGGGAACUUGGGAGGAUGAGAAGGAGGAUUGUCCGGAAGAGAGUCCGAAGGAAACGAACCCUGUAGAAUCUAGCGACGACGUCAAAAAUGUUCUGAAGUCUAUUGAUGAUGUCAAAAUAGAUUCAUAG